AAGGUGGGAGGUUAGGAAACUGAGCCUCAGAGAAGUAGGGCAACUUGCCCAAGGUCACAGAACAAGUUGGUGACAGAGCAAGGAACAGGCUGGGACUGCGCCCCAGAACUUGCCCGCAGCAUCCCCUGCUCCUGGGACUUUUUCAGGCUCCUGCCAAGUAGGCCACACGUGGACCGCCAGGGGGCGUUCCCAUCACCACUCCACACCCCGCCAACCUCCUGGGCCCGGGAAUCUGCCCCGUGGAACUCCUACGGAUCAAGACUGGAGUGCCCGCAACCCCUGCUCUGCUGUGGGGCCCGGCAGGGAGGGAACGCAUGAAGCCGGAGGCAGCCGAACUCUGUGGUGAGGACUUUGGCUAAGUCGCCUGGGUUCAAAUUCUGAUUCCUGCAUGUGCUGGUGACUACAGGUCCUGACCAUCCUGGACAAUGCUGCUUGCCCUAGGCACCUAUUUCCUCUGGCUUUUCACUAGUGACCUCUGGGCCGUUCAGGCUAAGGACCCAGAUACUGACCUGAGUACAAGGAGCCCUCACCGGGACUUGGCUCCAAAGAAUGUUGACUUUGCCUUUACCCUGUAUAGGCAUCUAGUGGCUUCAGCUCCUGGCAAGAAUGUCUUCAUCUCCCCUGUGAGCAUCUCCAUGGCCUUAGCUAUACUGUCUCUGGGUGCUUGUGGCCACACACGGGUCCAGCUUCUCCAAGGCCUGGGCUUCAACCUCACCAAGAUGCCUGAAGCUGAGAUCCACCAGGGCUUUCAGCACCUCCGCCACCUCUUCAAGAAGGAAUCAGAAACCAUGUCGGAAAUGGCUAUGGGUAAUGCCUUGUUCCUUGACCGCAGCCUGGAGCUUCUGGAGUCAUUCUCAGCAGACACCAAGCACUACUAUGAGUUGGAGGCCUUGGCUGCAGACUUCAAGGAUGGGGCUGAAGCCAGCAGACAAAUCAAUGAGUAUAUCAAAAAUAAGACACAAGGGAAAAUUGUGGACUUUCUAUCAAAGCUGGAUAGUUCAGCCAUGCUCAUCCUGGUCAACUACAUCUUCUUCAAAGGCACAUGGGAACACCCCUUCAACCCCGAGAGCACCAAGGAGGAGAACUUCUACGUGAACAAGACCACCGUGGUAAGAGUGCCCAUGAUGUUCCAGUCGAGCACCAUCAAGUACCUUCAUGACCGGGUGCUCCCCUGCCAGGUGGUCCAGCUAGAGUACGUAGGCAACGGGACCGUCUUCUUCGUCCUCCCAGACGAGGGGAAGAUGGACAUGGUCAUCGCCGCGCUGAGCAGGGACACCAUUCAGAGGUGGUCUGAGUCCAUGAUCAGGGGCCACGUAAACCUGUACAUCCCAAAGGUGGCCAUCUCCGGAGCCUAUGACCUCAGGGCCAUCCUGGGGGACAUGGGCAUUGCAGACUUGCUCGACAAGGGGGCAGAUUUCUCCGGCAUCACCCAAGAGGUCCAGCUGAAGUUGUCAAAGGUGGUCCAUAAGGCUGUGCUGCAACUUGAUGAGAAGAGCUUCAAGGCACCCGAAUUCCCUAUGGUCAUGCUAGACAUGGCAUCUGAGCCUCUCACCUUCCACUUCAACCGGCCCUUCGUUAUCAUGAUCUUCGACCACUUCACAUGGAGCAGCCUUUUCCUGGGCAAGGUUGUGAAUCCGACCUAAGGGCGCGCCCCCAGGAGUCACAGCCCCAGCUGACCUGCGCAUGAGGGAACCCACAGAAACGCUCUGGGAGGUGGGAGUUUCCCCCCCCGCCCCACGCCCUGUCUUCUCCAGGUUCUUCUGUCCAAAUAAAUCAUCAUCACUGCAACUGCUGGUAGGUGUGGUUGAAGGGACAAAGUGGGACCGGUGACAAACUUGGAAUGAUAGCAUGCGAUCUUGCACCCCUAUAAUUUCCUGGUGUUGAUCAUCGUGCUGUUGUUAUGUAAUAUGUGGAGGCUGGGGAAGGAUAUAUGGAAACACUAUUGUUUUUGUAAAUGUUUGUAAGCUUGAAAUUAUUUCUAGAAAAGGAGGAAAUCAUGCAACCCCAAACACGACAGAAAGACAUCUUUAAGUGCUAGGGGAAAUGUUGUGACAUCUUCAAAAAAGAAAGAGAAAGAAACAAAGCAAUCCUUCAAAAAUGAAGGCAAAAUAAAGUUGUUUUUUUUUUUUUUCCACACAAACAAAAGCUGGGAAAGUUUGUCACCUUCCCUAAAGAAAAGUUUUAAGUAGUUCAGGCUGAAACAAGAUGAUGCUCAGUGGAAAUUUAGACCUAUGCAAAAGAAUGAAGAGUACUGGAAAGGGCAAA